AUGGUCAGAACCACUAUACACACCGGUUACCUGGCCCCUCGGAAUCUUCCCAGUACAGGUUUUUUGCCAUUUCUCCAAACUGUGAUUUGCAGUUCUGAUGCCACAUGCAAAAGUACACCAUAUACCCCUGAAGAUCUGCUCCCCAAACUGAAUAUUUCACUCAUAAGCAGAAGACAGAGACGGUCAGCUAACCUGGUGGAGGAGAGCAACCUAUCAUCCCGGAGUGCUCAUCUCCAAAACAGGAAUGGUCCAUUGGAGAUACUUGGUUCAACAUUCAAUUUGAAAGCCUUUACUGAAAAUAUUUCAUCAUCAACCAGCUAUGCCAGAAUAUACUUGCUUAACGAGAUUCUCACUCUGGCAGAGAUGCAAAACUCUUCUCAAGCAAACCUUAAAGUUGCUAUCUGUGAGGUUAUAUCAGUGAAUGCAUCUUUGCAAAGUCUCCUUUGGGAAACCCUUGGAAAAAACAUCUAUCAGCCAUUCUGCCUCAACAACAUGUCUCUUAUGGAGUCAUUUUUUCAAGAAUUCAGAACUCAGAUUUCCAAAUUACAGGAGGAUCCUUCUUAUCAGAUGGCUUUUGUCCAGGAAGCAGCAUCAUUUUUAUCACUCAUCUCCCAAGUGCAGAAUGAAACUUCUAUAUGGAACUUUCUCCUCAUCGCCCCAGAUAUCAUUCAAGGUGCCACCAAAGUGACAGAUAUGGUUGAUACCCUUCAGAGCACAAAAAGGAAUCUUUUAGCUCUUGAUUUUGCUGAUGAAGAUUUUAAGACUGACUACUUUUUAAAGGAUUUUAAAAAAAUUACAAAAUCUCAGAAUAGCUUGAAGAAGAUGCCAUUAUUUGACUUAAUCACUGACUUAAAAGAAAUUCAAAAUAUCCACCAUUUAAAUAGGAGCAUCAGGGAUCUAGUGCUUUUAAAUAAGGUUAUUUUUAAAGCCAAAAAGGCAUGGCAAGCUAUUAAAAUGAGUACUGUCCUCAAAUUCCCUUUCCUGUCUGAAAAGUAUAGAAGAUACUUAACUUCAAUGGAAGAAGUGCCAUCAUUGUUUGUAAACUUUCUGCUUAAACCUGCAACAACUGAAAAUUUUCCUGAAAAACUCCUGGUACUUCAGAAAAUCUUUGCUAUCAUAGCAAAUAGCAGCACAAAUCAUAACUAUCUACUGAUCUCUUCCCUGACUGACAUGAUGCAGAAAAUCCAAAAUUCCAUUAAUGAAUCUCAGUGGAAUGAAUUCAAUACUUAUUGGCAUAUUAGUGAAAAACUGAGGUCUGCAGAAUGGAGAGAUACAGACAUCCUUAUCUAUAGACAUAUUUUAGAUAUAUUACAUGACAGUCUGUAUGUCAGCCAUGAUAACUUUGGACUUCCUUUGAAAAUAGAACUUGAACAAAUGAUUAAAUUUGUAAACCAUUUAUUGAAAGAGAAUGAUGUAGGGAGCAUCAAGGGAGUAAAUGUUUCAAUGGUUUUAAACACUAUCUUGAAAAGUUUGCAAGUGUUAGAGGACCUGGAGAAAGAGUACAUCAGUGAAUUCAUUAUUGUUAAUCCACUAAUGAAUACCAAUAAUGAAACUUUACAAAAAUUAUUUCAGAUAAUUAAGGAGGGUAUAGAUAUGCUUUCUGAUCCCAGGCUGACAGAAGUAUUUAAUAUUAACAAAAAUGAUACCCUCCUCAGAUUUUCACAAGCAUUAUCUUUGCUGGAUUUAUAUAUGACUCCAGUGUGGCAUAAUUCUUCAAUACAAGCAAAAAUGUUGCAACUGUUGUAUUUAACACCAAGCCUUCUUCUAAUGGGAGACAUUCAGACUAGCAAAAGGUUCUCAAAUUGCACUGUCAAGGACUUCCAUCUCAUUGCAACUGAAGUGUUUUUCAAUAAUGCGACACUAAAGGAAGCCUUAAGAGAAAGCAAAUGUAAUUUCCUUUUCUCUUCUCUGGAUUCUGAAAACCAAACAACCUAUCACUAUAUGUUUACCCAAUUGUUUCAGCUUGCAAUAAAAAAUCUGAAAUCAGCAUCACUUUCUGAGACCAUCCAAAACAAAAGGAAGCACUUCUCAGAUGAAUUUCAGUGUCUCAUCAAAUCAUUACAAGUUUCAUCAGGUUUUCUGUCCAAAUUAAUUGGGUUCCAUAAAUAUCAGAAUCCCUCGAUAGAAAAGAUGCAUAAAAAUCUAAGAGCUCUCUCUCUUGACCUGUAUCAAAGUAAUCUGACUUGCAGAGAGCCAUUGCUUAGCAGUAUCAUUGACAAAAUUUCUGCUUUACACAUUCAGAGUCCUUUUAUUUUGAAAGGAACAGAAGUGGAUGCACAAAAUCUCCUGGAUAACCCAUCAGUUUGGAAUCAAACAUUUGUGCCUUCUUUUUUGCUACAUAAUAAACACCAAAAGAUUGUAGCAAAGAUUUUAGAAGUGAGCAAAGAUGCUGUUAAUCAAUCAAAGUGGAAUGAUUUCUCAGAGAUCUUGAGUGAGACUGCAGAAAUAUUGAAUUCCAAACAGAAUGUGACAAAUACAGCACAGUAUGUUCAACUGCUUGAAAUGUCCAGAAAAGCACUAAUUCUUGUUGGCAUAGGAUUAGCCAACAAGGAAAAAGAAACAUACGAAUUCCUUGAAACUUUAAGCUGGGGGAUGAAAGUUUCCUCUUUAGAAGAGAUAUUAGAUUUGUUAACAUUGUUCCUGAAUUCCAGUUCUGACAUAGAUUACAAAACUUAUUUUGGAAAAAAAAAUAAUACUUUUUUAUCACCUAUUGAUGCUUUUUCUCAAACACUUUUCUACAUUAAUCCUUAUCGAGAAAAAAUCAAACAGCCAUUAAACAAAACAAGAAUAUCAAAUAAAUUGUUUUUAAAUAAGAUCAAUUUAAAACUUGCAAUAAUAUGGAGAAUUAUCCAGAACAUGAUGUCUGUAGCAGCUACCAGGUUUCCAGAGGACAUACCAUGGGUUUUUGAUGCAAGAGAAGAAAUUCCUUUGACAUUUUCAGAUUUUUUUCUUAAAACGUCAGUGAUAAAAGCCAUUCUGGAGCCAUUCCUGACCGUUCAGAAUAACUACCGUAGUAAUACAAGUGUAAAGUUGAGUACUUAUCUUUCAGGAUCAAUGCAAAGAAUCCAAAAUACUACUAAAAAAUCCUGGUCAAAUGAGUUGAAGGCCUUUGUGAAUAUUCAUAGAGAAUUAACAUCUGUAAUACUGCAUAACACACUUACUUUAAGUACAUUGUAUAAACACUUCUCUUUAUUGAAUAAUGCUUCUAGUCUUCCUCUGAACCCAGAACUGCAAGAGUUAACUCAAUUUUUAUCCCACAUACUACAAAAAUAUGAUGAAGAAAACCCACAGAGUAACACCUCAGAAGUCAUCAAUAUUGCUGUUAGGAAUCUGUUAUUUCAGCAAAAGUUUGGACAUCAAUUUAACCUCAGUCAGUUAGAAACCAUCUCCCCAUUGGCUAAUAACAGCCAUACAAUCAUUCAAAGUAUACAUGACAUACUGAAUCAAGGAGCAAUAAUACUUUCUGACAGCAAAUUGGAAGAAACUGAUAGAGGAAAAAUUGCCACCUUGUAUGGUUUCUCACAAUUUCUGUUUCAAAAGGAGUUCAGUGAGUCUUUCUCAGGGCAUAGAAAUUCAGCAGAAACAAAAAUAGUGGAUGUCUUGUAUUUAACUCUGAGUCCAUUUUUAGAUAUUUGGAACAAAAGAACUGGAGUGCCACAUAAUUGUAAUGCCCAAGAGGUAAUUCAUGUAAUUUUUCAAGUGCUGUUUAAAAAUAUCACUCUCCCUGAGGCACUUAACCAAAGCCAUUGUGAACUGCUUUUUACUUCCAUGGACUUUGAAGACAGAACAAAUCAAACAUUAAUUGACCUGUUCCUUUUCUCCAUAAGAAAUUUCCAGCAGACUCUAAAAUUAACAAAUCUUUACCAAAAAAAUAAUGUGUAUUUUUCAAAUGAUUUGUUAUGCAUCAUCAAAUCACUACAAUUUUCCUCUGGCUUGCUUUUGAAAAUGGAUAUACUCUUUGAUUUCCAACAUCCUUGGAUACAGGAGAUGUAUACAACUUUAACCACAAUCUCUAAGGAGUUACCAUCAAGUACUUCAACUUGUUUCAUCCCAGUUCUUGAUGGUAUAAAUGAUGUCAGUUAUAAUCCUUCAAAAAUUGCCUCGCUUUUUUCAGGUAAUGAAACAGAACAUUAUAUACAAAAUUUCAGUGACAAAUUAGUAGACUGGAAUGAUUUAUCAUUAUUCAUCAAGCUGCUUCAAUAUUACGUACAUCUGAACAUCCCUGUGAACAAUGCCACACAAACAGAUGAAGAAGAAAUCUCCAUUCCAUCAAGAAGUAAUUUUUCACAGAUUUGGACUACGUUAUCCAAGUGGUACCAUACAGAAACUGAGAAUGCAAGAUAUAGCUUGGAAAUUAUGGGAAAAGUUCUGGAUCACAAUGAAUCAGUUCCAGAAAUAUUUAAUGCCAGUAUUUCUAUUUUAAGCUAUUUGGAUUUGCUGAAGGAGUUUAAAGCAAAUCCAGAUCCAAAUUUGCUGUCAAAAAGAACCGAGCUGCAAUAUAAAUUUGGCCAUACUAGGCAUCCUUUUGUCAUGGUUGCAGAAACACUUCUGAAUAAGACAUUUUGGAAAGAAUGGGAACAAGCACCAUCUCCAAGCAAUUUUAUUGCACAGUUUCUGUUUUCAGAAUUUGAAAAUGUCUUCCUAAAAACAUCUUCUAAUGGUGACUUCUCAUCAUAUUUCAUUUGCAUAAUGAAUGUGUUUGAAGGGCAAGAUGGUGAAUUGCCAGGAAAUUGUACUCUUCCUCCAAAAAUAACAGAGCUAAAAGGAGUCCUUUUUACUUCCCAAAAUACUAAUGCCACAAUUCCAGAGAUUCUGAUGUUAAAACUAACCCGCCUGCAAAACUUAACAUCACUCCUUUGUGAUUACGAGAGCAUUAGAUGGUUGCAACAAACAUGCCAGCUCCCCAAUGUUAGUUUUGCAGAGUUGUGCACUCAAAGUGCAUUCCACAAGAAGCUUCUUCACAGUGGAAAGCAAACUGAUCGUGUGCUGACCAAUUUAAUUAGCCACAGAAGCCUCUCUGGAGAAUUUCAGGAAAUAGUUGUCGGGAAUCCCCAAAAGCUUCUGCAACAAAUUCAGUGGUUACAAGAAAAUGUCCCUCAACUUAAAUAUUUCCGUGAUAUCUCUAAGCUUAUUUCUUCCUUGAAUUCUAUAAUGAAUAUCACUAAGAAUACAACACAUUCCAGAAAACAAGAUAUGAUCAUAGAUUUGUUCCAAAAUGUUGAUGGCCUCAAGAAUGAUCUCAGAAAUAUUGUAGGAAUGUCUACAGAAAGUAUCAAUGCUUUGACAGAAAUGCCUCUUCCAGAAAACAGAACACAGCUGAUAUUUCAGAUACUGCAGCUAGAGUCCUGUGAAACAGAUGCUGCUGAUGCUAAGCUGGAAAUUAUAACAGAGCAAUUCUGCAACCUCUCCCUUGCAGAAAGGGCUCACAAAUCUUAUCUUUUGGGGAUCACACUUCUGCGCUACUUAGAUGUCUACAAAUUCAUUUAUAAGAUGCUUUUCCCUGAGGAAUUACAAAUUCCUCUGGAUAAGGGAUUAGAACUUCUCAAAGACCUGGAUCACUUGAGGACGCAGGUUGUGUCAGAUGUUCAUCCGCUCUUAUAUGCAAUUCAUUCCCUGAAAAAGCUGAGGCUGUCAAGACAUGCACCGCUUUCUAAGGCUCUGUUGGAGGCUAGCAAUCUAACAAUAAAUACUGGAAUGUUUAAAACUAUAUCAAAAACUCUCUGCAACCAAGAAAUCACUCCCUUGUUUUUUGAGUCUCUGCUACCUGAUUUUGAGGAGCAGAAUGCUCACCAUUCUUCUGCACAAGAUGAACAUGUGCAACGUAUUAUGAAGAAAUACAGUAUUCCAUCUGAUUCUACACCUUUCUGCUCAUCGUUGUUUCUGGACUUGGUUAAGACACCUACAGGGGCUUUAAUUUGGUCUUUCUUAAAGCCCAUGUUGCUUGGGAAGAUUCUGUAUUCUCCAGAUACCCCUGAAACACGUGCAAUCAUGGAAAAGUCUAAUUCAACACUGAAACUGAUGGAUGAUUUAACACAAAAAGCCCAGGAGUGGUUGGACCAUUCACCGUUGUUCAUGGAUUCACUAACCGUGUUAAAUGACACUCUUCCAACGGUGAAGAAUACGUUGCAGAAUCCUUUUGUGCAAGUGUUCAUCAAACUCAUGGUGAAGCUGGAUGCUGUUGAACUGUUAAACCAAAUCAAUGAGCUGAAUGAUAUACGUUUGGAACUACAGAAUAGCACUGACAUCAUACAUCAACUUAACAUUUUAGCAAGACUAUUAGUAAAUGCCUCUUCAUGUAUCCUGCUUGAUCGCAUUCACCCAGGCAGAACUGUGGAGAAAAUGGAGUUGAUGGCAAAAGAUCUGUUUUUGAAAAAUGAACUUUUGGCAAGUGUUAUUUUCAAGUUACCUUCAAAUGGGAAAAGAAAACGUAUAACACCUAGUGGACUUUCCCUUCCACCACUAGUCAAUUAUACCAUCCGAAUGAGCAGCAAGAUUUCCCAAACAACAAAAAGAAUACGGGAAAAAAUUUGGACAGUGGGACCACAUAAUUCAGCUUCACAAAGCCAAAUCUACAGUCGAGCAUUUGUCUACAUCCAGGACAGCAUUGAUAGAGCAAUAAUUGAACUACAGACUGGGAAAAGUGCAGAAGAAAUAGCUGUACAAGUUCAGGCUACACCGUACCCUUGUUAUAAUAAAGACAUGUUUCUGACUAGUGUGACCUACUCGCUUCCAUUUACAUUAAUGGCUGCUUGGACACUUUUCAUUGCAGCUUUUGUGAAAAAGCUUGUUCAAGAAAAAGACCUGAGGCUUUAUGAGUAUAUGAAGAUGAUGGGUGUAAAUUCCAGCAGUCAUUUCUUUGCUUGGUUCAUCGAAUGUACCAUAUUUCUCCUGCUUACUCUCACAUUUCUUAUUUUUGUCCUCAAAUUUGGGAAUGUCCUUCCAAAAAUAAAUGUUGUGAUUUUGUUCCUGUACCUUCUGGACUACAGUUUCUCCAUCAUAGCCAUGUGCUACCUUAUCAGUGUUUUCUUCAACAAUACGAACAUUGCUGCUUUGGUUGGGUGCCUAGUCUACAUCUUGACAUUUUUCCCCUUCAUUGUCCUACUUGUUGUUGAGAAUCAGAUGAGCUUCACCGUCAAGAGCCUACUGAGCCUGUUAUCUCCAACUGCAUUCAGCUAUGCAAGCCAGUAUAUUGCCCGCUAUGAAGAACAGGGCAUUGGUCUGCAGUGGGAUAAUAUGCACAACUCACCAGUGUCAGGGGACAACACUAAUUUUAGCUGGAUGUGCUGGCUAAUUCUGAUAGAUUCUUUUAUUUAUUUCAUCCUGGGCUGGUACAUCGGAAAUGUUUUUCCAGGGAAGUAUGGCAUGGCAGCUCCAUGGUAUUUUCCACUCCUUCCAUCUUACUGGACCGAGCGCUAUGGUUAUUUUCCAUUGUCAACUGAGAAGUUAAAAGGCUAUCUUUUCACCAAUUUCUUCUUGAGAAAACAGCCCACUUUCCCUGAAAAGAUGUAUGUUCACAGUGCUUUGCCUUCUAACCUUGAACCUGAGCCCACUCAUCUCAAAGUGGGAGUUUCUCUGCACGGAAUAACAAAGAUUUAUGAAUCCAAAGCUGCUGUUCAGAAUCUCAACCUGAACUUUUAUGAAGGAAAUAUCACCUCAUUGCUGGGUCAUAAUGGAGCUGGAAAAACUACCACAAUAUCUAUACUGACAGGUUUGUUUCCUGCUUCAUCUGGCACUAUAUUUGUUUAUGGGAAAGAUAUCAGAACUGACCAGGAUUUCAUCAGGAAAAAUAUGGGAAUUUGCAUGCAGCACAAUGUAUUGUUUAAUUACCUCACCACAAAGGAGCACCUGCUUUUAUAUGGCUAUAUCAAGGUGCCCCACUGGAACAAAGAAGAGUUACAGGAAGAAGUAGAACGGAUUUUGAAGGAAACUGGAUUAUAUAGCCAUCGUCACAAGUUGACUGGCUCUUUAUCAGGAGGGAUGAAGAGGAAGCUGUCAAUUUCAAUUGCUCUACUUGGAGGUUCAAAGGUUGUCAUUUUGGAUGAACCAACCACUGGAGUUGACCCCUGUUCUAGGAGAGGCAUUUGGGAGAUCAUAUCAAAGAACAGAAAAGGCAGGACAAUCAUUCUUUCUACACAUCACUUGGAUGAAGCAGAAGUGUUAAGUGACAGGAUUGCAUUCUUGGAACAUGGAGGGCUCAAGUGCUGCGGGUCUCCCUUCUACCUCAAGGAAAUGUAUGGCAGUGGAUACCACCUGACACUUACUAAAGAAAAGAGCUCAACUCUGGAUGUGGCAGAAGAAUGCAAUACCUCUACAGUGACAGCCAUGAUACAGGCUCAUCUUCCAGAAGCCUAUCUCAAAGAAGAUAUUGGCGGAGAACUUAUCUAUGUACUUCCUCCAUUUAACAGUAAAGUCUCUUCAUCCUAUCAGUCUCUUCUGAGAAGCCUGGAUAGUAGAUUAAGUGAUCUUCGUAUUGGCUGCUAUGGAAUUUCAGACAGCACUGUAGAAGAAGUGUUUCUUAACUUGACCAAAGAUUUUGUAAAAGAUGAACAAACUGAUGCAGAGUUGUCUCAAGAAGGGCCCAGUUUUACUAUGGAUAAUGAUCGCUUGUCUAUGGAUUAUAAUAACUUCUCUGAACAAGAUGAUCAAGUGCUGGUUAAGGUGGGAGAGCCAAGCAAUCUCUCUCUCCUGCUGAGGAAGGCCACAGCCUUGUUCAUUAAACGAUUCCAUCACACUCGGCGCAAUGUGAAAGGUUUUAUUGCCCAAGUUAUCCUUCCAGUACUCUUUGUGACAGCUGCUAUGGGCCUUGGCACCUUGAGAACAAAGGUGGCAGAAUACCCAGCUCUCCAUCUCUCACCAGGCCUGUAUGGUUCCUCCAGCCAGUCAGACUUCUUUGGGAAUUACAAUCAAAGUACAGAUGCUUUGGUUGCUUCAAUGCUCUCUUUUCCUGGAAUAGAUAAUACCUGCCUAAACAGAAGUAAUUUAGCAUGUGUCAAGGAAGAUGUGGCUGAUCAGUGGAUAUUCAGUGGGAAUCAGAGUGGCCAGUAUGCUGCCUGCAAUUGCACACUCAGAGAGACUUGUCCAAAGCUGAACUUUACACCACCUCACAAGAGGACAUUCUCUUCCAGGACAAUAUAUAACCUUACUGGGCACAAUGUAGAAACUUACCUUCUAGUUACUGCCAAAGAUUUUAUACAGAAGAGAUAUGGUGGCUGGAGUUUUGGGCUGCCUUUGACUAGUAGUCUCCAAUUUGAUAUAAGCCCAGUGCCUGCUAACAGAACAUUAACAAAGGUCUGGUAUAAUCCAGAAGGAUAUCAUAGCCUCCCAGCCUACCUUAACAGCUUGAAUAACUUCAUUCUCCAUGCUAACUUGCCAGACGGAAACUCCUCUGGAUAUGGCAUUUCUGUUGUUGCUCAUCCUUAUCCUGGUGGAGAGAGUCAGGAGCAAGCCAUGCUUAGUAGUUUACUAGAUAUCAUAGUGUCCAUGUCAGUCCUGAUUGGCUACUCCAUCACAACAGCUAGCUUUGUGCUUUAUGUGGUCAAGGAACAUCAGACAAAAGCAAAACAGCUACAGCAUAUCUCUGGCCUCAGUGUGACCAGCUACUGGGUGACUAACUUCAUUUAUGACAUAGUUUACUUUCUGGUGCCUGUUACACUCUCAAUAGGAGUUAUUUCAGCAUUUCAGAUACCAGCUUUCUUCAAUGACAGCAACCUGUUGGCUGUAUUCCUGCUUCUUCUCUUAUUUGGAUAUGCAACAUUUUCAUGGAUGUACCUGCUCGCUGGCAUCUUUAAGGAAACUGGGAUGGCCUUUAUUGUUUAUGUCUGUAUCAACUUAUUCUUUGGCAUCAACACGAUCAUCACUCAUUCAGUUGUUUUUUUACUUUCCCAAGAAAAAGCUACUGAUAAGGACUUGCAUGACCUUGCUGAAACACUGAGACAUGUUUUCCUGAUAUUCCCACAAUUCUGUUUUGGUUAUGGGUUAAUCGAAUUAUCCCAGCACCAUGCCCUGAUGGGCUUUUUGAAAGCCUAUGGAGUGGUUUACCCCGACAAAACAUUCGAACUGGACAGGACAACUUCCAAACUGCUUGGCAUGUUCAUUCAGGGAACGCUAUUUUUUACAAUCCGCCUCUUGCUUGAUGAUGGAACAAUUCAGAAAAUCUGGUAUAAAAUAUUAGAAUUCUUAUUUAAUAAAGUGCAUGGUAAAUCUCCACUCUAUCUUGAAGACACUGAUGGGGAGGAAGACAAGGAUGUCCGAGCGGAAAGAGAGCGAGUAACACUGGGCUUGUCAGAUUAUGAUGUGUUACAGCUCCAGAAUCUUACCAAAAUCUACCAUCUUCCCCACCGAAGGAUUGUAGCAGUAAAAAAUGUCAGCAUUGGAAUCCCAGCAGGAGAGUGCUUUGGCUUGCUUGGUGUGAAUGGGGCUGGGAAAACCACCAUCUUCAAAAUGCUGACAGGAGACAUUGGUCCAAGUGAUGGAAAGCUACUGGUGCAAGAUGAAACUGGAUCCUUGAGUGAAAUUAAUGAUGCACACUGGUCACGAUUUGGGUACUGUCCUCAAGAAGAUGCUCUAGAUGAUUUGUUGACUGUUGAAGAACACAUGUAUUACUAUGCACGAUUACAUGGCAUCCCAGAGGAAGAUAUUAAAGGGAUUGUACUUCACCUUCUUUAUCGACUUAAUCUGAUGCCUUACCGAUGUAGAAUUGCCUCUAUGUGUAGCUAUGGCACCAACAGAAAGUUAUCAGCUGCUCUAGCCCUUCUGGGGAAACCAUCAAUUUUACUGUUGGAUGAGCCAAGUUCUGGCAUGGAUCCUAAUGCGAAGAGGCAUCUCUGGAAAAUCAUCACCGAGGAAGUGCAGAACCAGUGUUCAGUGAUAUUUACUUCACACAGCAUGGAGGAAUGUGAGGCUCUCUGCACACGCCUGGCUAUCAUGGUAAAUGGACAUUUCCAGUGCUUGGGUUCACUGCAGCACAUAAAAAGCAGAUUUGGAAAAGGAUUCACUGUGAAGAUGCAUCUGAAUAACAGUGCAGACAGCAUUGAGAAGCUGACACAAUUUUUGCAAACAAACUUUCCAAAUACACAUUUAAGGGACCAUCAACUGAACAUGGUGGAAUAUCACAUCUCAGUGUCUGCAGGAGGUGUGGCAAACAUAUUUCAACUUCUGGAAAUGAACAAAGCAGUCUUUGAAAUUAAACACUUUUCUGUGAGUCAAACAACUCUGGAAGAGGUUUUCAUCAACUUCGCUAAAGCUCAGACUAGCCCUGAUAUUUCAGAUGCAAUCUCCAAUACAAGUUCUGAAGCUUAAGGGAACACUUAACUGCUGUUUACUAAGCCUUAUGUCAAAAAUUCCCAACUGCUGUGUUAGGGCUUUAUUUUUGCAAGUCAUUUUAUGUAUUCAUUUUGUAAUCCUGACCAUGAAUCCUGAAUGAAGGAACACCCCUUUAUAUCAGAUUGGUCUUUUACUUCUUUCCCAAGUUUCAUGAAUUACUUACGCAAAGAAUACAUAGCAGAUAUUUCUCUUCAUGUGUUCGUGAAGUUUUUUCCCCCCCUCCUGUUCCCAAGAAGUAUAUUCACUAAAAAAGAAGAGCUGCUUUGUGUUCAGGAAUAUGCUAUAUAUAUGGAUUAUAAC